AUGUCGCCUAAAGCUCGCAUAUUUUCGUCUAUGGACUCAUUCGAAGACCGAUCCGAGACGGAGUCUCUGUAUUCCGUUCAUGAUGCGAAGAUCAUCGACGGCAAGGCCAUCGCGAAGCAGAUCCAUGGCGAGGUGGCUGAGGGGGUGGCCAAACUAAAAGAAGCCACUGGGAAGAUCCCAGGGCUGGCUGUGAUUAUAGUGGGGGAGCGCAAGGACUCGCAGACGUACGUGCGGAUGAAGGUGAAGGCGUGCCAGGAGGUGGGGAUCGCGUCGUUUGAAGGGAAGCUUCCUGGCGAUGCCAGUCAGGAUGACGUCAUUGCAGCAGUCAGAGAGUUCAACGCCAACCCUGACGUGCAUGGCAUUCUGGUACAGCUGCCGCUGCCGGCACACAUCAGUGAGGAGGCGGUGCUGGCCGAGGUGGCGCUGCCCAAGGACGUGGACGGCUUCCAUCCAAUCAACAUCGGCCAGCUGGCGAUGAAGGGGCGCCGCCCGCAGUUCGCCCCAUGCACUCCCGAGGGCUGCAUGGUACUGCUGGAGCGCAGUGGCAUACCAAUUAGCGGGCAGCGGGCGGUGGUGAUUGGGCGCAGCAACAUCGUGGGCAUGCCUGCUGCGAUGCUAUUGGUGGAGAGGGACGCCACGGUUACCAUAGUGCACUCGAGGACCAAGGAGCCAAAGGAGAUCGUCAAGCAGGCUGAUAUUGUGAUCGCUGCCAUUGGGAAGGCCCAGAUGGUGAAGGCCGACUGGCUGAAGCCAGGGUGUGCAGUGAUCGAUGUGGGGAUCAACGCAGUGGACGAUGCGAGCAAGAAGGCGGGGUACCGGCUGGUGGGGGAUGUGGACUAUGAGGGGGGCAGGGAGGUAGCCGGGUGGAUCACCCCCGUGCCGGGGGGAGUGGGGCCCAUGACCAUUGCUGUGCUGCUGCAGCACACGCUUACAGCAGCGCAGAGGGCACUGGGGGAUAGUUGA